AUUUGCAUCGUUGCAUGCGUUGCAUAUAAAUAAUCAAAACGUUUUGGAUAUUAUUUACACAAGUAAAUUGAAAAAAGCAUUUGAGCUUCAUAUAAUGGAUAUAACACUCUUGUUUAGAGCAUCUGUUAAAACUGUUCGCUUAAAAUCUGAUACUUUUCCACUAUGGGAUAAAUCAAGGAUCCUUAAAAGAAGACCCAACAUGGAUUUUAUACAACAAGCUAAACAAAUCCGCUUUCAAAUCACUCAGUUAAAAAAUUUAUUAUUGGAAAAUCGUGCAGCCUAUAUGCAAUUUGCUCACCAUCUUAAAAAUUCGACUCAUAUGACGGAUGAUGAACGUGAUAUUAUUGAUCGAGAGUCAGAAAACAUAAUUCAAAUGUGUAUGGCGAGGUUAAUUGAUUUUAGAGCUAAUUGUUGUAACGCAAGGUGUAGUAAACAAACGGCUGAGUUAAUGGAUUUGAUCAUUGAAACCCUAACAAGGUACAUGAACGCGGUUCAUCAAAUUGCAAAUGAGCAACGACGUUUUCGUAUUCAACGUGAGCUUGAGAUGUAUAAUCUAUUAAAAUUAAAUUCAGGUCAUAAAUUUACGGUUUUGCCGAAUCCAACAAGUGGUAGGGAAGAAGCACUCUCAGUUCCUAAAAACAGUUUGUAUGAAACUGUGCAGGACGUUAAUAGGCAGGAAAACAAGUUGCAGUUGAACGUGCAUAAUACUGAACUUUUUAACAGUGUGGUGUUUGAUGAGGAUGAAGAACUUAGUCCAGAGGAUAUUCAGUUGUUUGAAUCGGAAAAUGUACAACUAUAUAGCGAAUUGAAAGGUUUAUCUGAAGAGGUUGAACAAAUUGAGCGAAAUGUUUCAGAUAUUACACAUUUGCAGCAGGUUUUCACCGAAAAGGUUUCUUUGCAAAAGACGGACAUCGAGCGAAUCGCUAACACGGUGGUAGGUGCUACUGAAAAUGUUAAGGAUGCCAAUGAUCAAAUAAAACAAGCAAUACAACGCAAUGCUGGUCUGCGAGUCUGGGUACUUUUUUUCCUUAUUGUUAUGUCACUAACUCUACUUUUUCUGGAUUGGUAUAACGAUUAAGAACGUUUUGCAGUAAUUAUAUUAAUAAAAGUCUAAAAACAAUACAACAAUGGAGAAUAAUAAUGUUGAAUUAAAGCCAUAAUAGAAUCGCGCACAAAAUAACAUUGUACACUCAAACCCCGCUGAUUUAAAAAACACCUCCUUCAUAUCAGGCGAAUCUAUUUUUAAUCUAGGACAGGACAUGACACGUUGUAUUGCAAAAGAGCCAAUUUGCUGUCAAAAAAGAGCCGGCUUCCUGGCUUCCGUGCAACUGUAGAAACAAAAAUUCACUAGAGAAGCGCAAAAGUGUUGCUGGAAACCACAGCAAACCCUGAAACAAUCGAGUUUUUUACGUUACUAGGUUUUUAAGAGUUUGUUUAUCGUGGCGUGUUAACAUAAAACAAACUAAAUCGAAAUGUAAGUAUUAUUCUAUCAGAUUGCAUUUAUUUUUGUGUAAUUAUCCAGGUAACCAAUAAGAAUUUCCAAUGCAAUUUAAAUACAAGCCAAUAAGCAUUUAAGUUGCCUUCAAUGCUACUUAAAUGCUAUGCGGCUGUUUUACUGCUAGCCCUCUUAUAGUGCUGACAAUGCUUAUUUGCUAGUUACCGACAAGAAGAAUUUAAAUAGAAUUGUGGAUGCCAAUUUACAACAUUUAUGCAGUCAAAAAGCUGAUAAACAGCAACCUACUGUUG